UUCCCAACAGCUGUUGUGAAUCUGACGCAGAAAAUAAGUUUUGGUUAAAAGUUAUUGUUAUUAAAACUGCAAGUCUUAAAUUACACCAAUUAAUAUAACUACCUAUGCUUAUUACUCACAAAAAUAGCUACACCUUUAUGCAUUCACUGUUUUUUCGGCCAUGCUGGAACUCAAUGACUUUACAACUGUAUGCCCCGAUGAUUUGACCGCCGCAUUGGGUUUUCAAAUAUACAACGACUUGAAAAAUGAGGAACCAGGCGCCGAAUUUCAACCCCACUAUGAUCCCAACCUGAAAGUGUUUUAUUUGAUGAAAAAUGAUAAAGUUUAUGUACCGGUUCUGCACACAAAAGCAAUUGACUUCAGAAUCAUAAAAUCUUUACACGAAAAGCUUAAAAAACGCAGCAACAUAUUUGUAGCCAUUGUGGACAAUACCGCCAAUAUUUUGUAUUAUCAAAUGAGCGAAGGUCUCAGCGAAAACCAGUCGACAAAAACAGCAGCUAAAUAAUAGCGAUAGAUACAUUUAUUUAAAAUCAUAUCAUAAAUACAAAUUACAGUCACAACUUGAAACUAAACAAUGUGACUGGAUGUGAACCAAUCCGACUUUCCAGAUUUAAACUUAAAUCGAUGAUUAUAGCCGCAAGUUGUGAGCAUAAUCAUAAUAAAAAUGACAAUAGAAGAUCUGCAUUGUUUAUACUCGUUUCGAUUCGCAUGAGGGGUGCAAAAUCGUUAUCAUAAUUGUAAUUAUCAAUAAUUAUCUUCACAUAAUGAUAGCUUAGACUACGUUUCAAUAAUCGAUUAUUACAAGCUUAAAUCGAACUAAAAGUUACAUUAAAUACAACAUAGAUCUUAAGAGUACAACAAUCCGAUUGCAUGCAUCCAUCCACGGAAUUUCCAAACUCCAUCCCGUUAAGCGGUUAUAAGUUUUCUGAUCCUCAUAUCUGGUUUAAAGCACACCGCGCAUGCAAAACAAAUCGUUCACAAUCAUCGAUCUAGCGUCGAAUAAAAAUGCUCAAAGCAAUACAGUUUCUUGUAUAAUAGUUAUAAUAAUAAUAAAUAACAAAUGUUUGCGUUUGUAUAUGACGUAAAAAAUAUGUUUAAAUUAUAACACAACUCGGGCAAUGGGCUGGGGAGUUGAUAAAACGCGCAAGGCAAUUUACAGGGCUUACAUGUUAAAACUGUAAAUAUUUCACUUUCUCUCACUUUACUAGAUAAAUAUGUAUGUAUGUCGUAUAGAAGAUGAGCUCGUUAGCUAGACGAUUCCUGGGAUGUGCAUGCAAUAUAUGUAUAAAAUAUAUCUUUGUUCUUGUAUGUUGAUUAUGAAAAUAGGUUGCAAUGACUGCUCUGGGGUGUAGACAUACACUUCUCAUCUAUAAAAUCUAUUUGUAUCCGGUCUUAAAAAA